ACUUUCCAAAAUACGCCGAGAGUAUUCCUGAUGGUGAAACGAGCGUUGCUUCAUCGAACGCAGCUAAAGAAAACAACAUCUAUGUAGUUGGUGGUACGAUGCCUGAAAUAGAGGGCGAUAAAUUGUACAAUACCUGUACUAUUUGGGGUCCCGAUGGAACUUUGAUAGCAAAACACCGAAAGGUACAUCUAUUCGACAUCGACAUUCCUAAUAAGAUUACUUUUCGAGAGAGUGAUUCACUCAGUCCUGGUAACUCCCUAACGACGUUCGAUGUGAAGGGCUGCAAAAUAGGUAUUGGCAUUUGCUAUGAUAUUAGAUUCGAGGAAAUGGCACGCAUUUAUCGGAACAAAGAUACUUCUGGCUAGUGCAGUACCUACACGGUGGUUGUUGAAAUAGCCGCUUCUCAUCUAUUUUCCCUAGCGCGGACAUCAUCCUUUGAUCCCUUACGACUAACGAAGUUUUCUAAGAUGUACGGCAGUUUGAGAUUCUACUUGAAAAUGAUCAUGAUUGCGGUCUGUGUGUCGUCUGCUCUUCUUUUUGUCCUUCCGUUAAAGACUGGUAAGUUGAUACUGAUUAAUUAUGCGAUCGAAACCCUAUAUAAUGGCUACAAAAAUGCCGCUAAUAUAAUAUUCCUUCUUUCUUGUAUC